AGGCGGCCGUGACGCCCGCCCGCGCGAACCCCUGCACCCCAGCAGCCCACAGCGCUCCCUGCCCCCCUCCCCCGCGGCAGAGGGCCUUGCCGUCCAGUGACAGCGGCCUGGGGGGGCAGGGGGGGCGGGGGCGGCCGGACCAGCGAUGCCGGCGGGCAUGACGAAGCAUGGCUCCCGCUCCACCAGCUCGCUGCCGCCCGAGCCCAUGGAGAUCGUGCGGAGCAAGGCGUGCUCGCGGCGCGUCCGCCUCAACGUCGGGGGGCUGGCGCACGAGGUGCUCUGGCGCACCCUGGACCGCCUGCCCCGCACGCGGCUGGGCAAGCUCCGGGACUGCAACACCCACGACUCGCUGCUGGAGGUGUGCGACGACUACAGCCUCGACGACAACGAGUACUUCUUCGACCGCCACCCGGGCGCCUUCACCUCCAUCCUCAACUUCUACCGCACCGGGCGGCUGCACAUGAUGGAGGAGAUGUGCGCGCUGAGCUUCAGCCAGGAGCUGGACUACUGGGGCAUCGACGAGAUCUACCUGGAGUCCUGCUGCCAGGCCCGCUACCACCAGAAGAAGGAGCAGAUGAACGAGGAGCUCAAGCGGGAGGCCGAGACGCUGCGCGAGCGCGAGGGCGAGGAGUUCGACAACACGUGCUGCGCCGAGAAGAGGAAGAAGCUCUGGGACCUGCUGGAGAAGCCCAACUCCUCCGUGGCGGCCAAGAUCCUGGCCAUCAUCUCCAUCAUGUUCAUCGUCCUCUCCACCAUCGCCCUGUCCCUCAACACGCUGCCUGAGCUGCAGAGCCUCGAUGAGUUUGGCCAGAGCACGGACAACCCGCAGCUGGCCCACGUGGAGGCCGUGUGCAUCGCGUGGUUCACCAUGGAGUACCUGCUCCGCUUCCUGUCCUCGCCCAAGAAGUGGAAGUUCUUCAAGGGCCCCCUCAACGCCAUCGACCUGCUGGCCAUCCUGCCCUACUACGUCACCAUCUUCCUCACCGAGUCCAACAAGAGCGUGCUGCAGUUCCAGAACGUGCGCCGCGUGGUCCAGAUCUUCCGCAUCAUGCGCAUUCUCCGCAUCCUGAAGCUCGCGCGCCACUCCACCGGCCUCCAGUCCCUGGGCUUCACCCUGCGCCGGAGCUACAACGAGCUGGGCCUGCUCAUCCUCUUCCUCGCCAUGGGCAUCAUGAUCUUCUCCAGCCUCGUCUUCUUUGCUGAGAAGGACGAGGACGACACCAAGUUCAAAAGCAUCCCGGCCUCUUUCUGGUGGGCCACCAUCACCAUGACGACUGUCGGGUACGGAGACAUCUAUCCCAAGACUCUCCUGGGGAAGAUAGUGGGGGGACUUUGCUGCAUCGCCGGGGUCCUGGUGAUCGCUCUUCCCAUCCCCAUCAUCGUCAACAACUUCUCCGAGUUCUACAAGGAGCAGAAGAGGCAGGAGAAAGCCAUCAAGCGAAGAGAGGCUCUGGAGAGGGCCAAGAGGAAUGGCAGCAUCGUAUCCAUGAACAUGAAGGAUGCUUUUGCCAGGAGCAUUGAGAUGAUGGACAUCGUGAUUGAGAAAAAUGGAGAUAAGAAGGAUAAACUCCAAGACAACCACUUGUCUCCCAACAAGUGGAAAUGGACAAAGAGGACACUGUCCGAAACCAGCUCCAGUAAGUCCUUUGAAACCAAGGAGCAGGGAUCCCCUGAGAAGGCCAGAUCGUCUUCUAGUCCUCAGCACCUGAAUGUCCAGCAGCUGGAAGACAUGUACAAUAAGAUGGCCAAGACCCAGUCCCAACCCAUCCUCACUACCAAGGAGUCUGCAACACAGAGCAAACCAAAGGAAGAACUUGAAAUGGAGAGUAUCCCCAGCCCUGUAGCCCCUCUGCCCACGCGCACGGAAGGGGUCAUUGACAUGCGCAGCAUGUCGAGCAUCGACAGCUUCAUCAGCUGUGCCACAGACUUCCCCGAGGCCACCAGGUUCUCCCACAGUCCUCUGGCUUCACUGCCCAUCAAGGCUGGGGGCAGCAUGGCUCCAGAGGUGGGCUGGCGGGGAGUCCUGGGGGCCAGCGGGGGCCGGCUGGGGGAGGCCAACUCCACCCCCGACGGCAGCCACUCCUCGAGCUUCCUCAUCGAGAGCCCCAAGAGCUCCAUGAAGACCAACAACCCCCUGAAGCUCCGAGCACUCAAAGUCAACUUCAUGGAGGGGGACCCCAGUCCCCUGCUCCCCGUUCUGGGGAUGUACCCCGACCCUCUUAGGAACAGGGGGGGCGCUGCAGCCGCUGUCGCAGGACUGGAGCGCGCCACCCUCCUGGACAAGCCCGUGCUGAGCCCAGAGUCCUCCGUCUACACCACGGCAAGUGCUAGGACGCCCCCCAGGUCGCCCGAGAAACCCACAGCAAUAGCAUUCAGCUUCGAAGCCGGCGUCCACCAGUACAUCGACGCCGACACGGACGACGAGGGGCAGCUGCUCUACAGCGUGGACUCCAGCCCUCCCAGGAGCCUCCACGGGGGCACCAGUCCCAAGCUCAGCCUGGGCCCCAGAGCGGACAAGAACCACCUCGAGAGCUCCCCGGUGCCUACCUCCCCCAAGUUCCUUCCGCAGAACUGCCUUUACCCCGCGGAGGCGCUGACUGGAAGGGGCCCCGGGGCCCAGGAGAAGUGCAAACUCGAGAACCACCUCUCCCCCGACGUCCGGGUGCUGCCCGGGGGAGGGGCCCUGGGGAGCAGCAAGGAUCAGAGCUUGUGAACUGGCCGCGGAGGCCAGCGUGCAGGUGGGGCCCAGGGGGGAGGGCGGCUGGCUGCUGCCGCAGAGCUCUCCCGGGUGGACUCGGGACAGAGAGUCUCUGCAAAGCCCCCAGGGACUCCAGAGAAGGUCCCCUAAGACCCGGAGAGCCAGGACAGGCCCGUCAGCAUGAAACCGGCCAUGCCGGGGAGGACAGCGGCUCCCUGUACCAACCCUGCUGCCCUCUGUGGGAGAUGACAGGAGCUCACAGCCGCCACCACCGCAGCGCCACCUAACUGAGGCCACCCACUCCCCGCUCUUCUCUCGAGGCUGUCUGUCACGGCCUCCGAGGGCAAGUGUCCAUCGCCCCGGCUUCCGCGGGAGGAGAAACUAGAACCAGUGGCUGUUGAAAGAGUGGGUUGGCCGAUUUGGUAUGGGGUGUGGCGGGCCACCUCCAGGCCCACCUGCCCGUCACCUCCUGGAUUGUCACCUCCUGGAUGGAUCCGCUGUUGGAAGGCUACUGAGAAAGCCUGUGUCGCCGGAAAGUCUCCGCGCCGCAAGUCCAGAUCCCGGCGCAGACCUCACUCAAAAGACUUCACGGACUUCAGUGUCCCGUCGAGCCUGAGGUUUUGUGUUGAGAUGUCAUCAGGGUGAGUGGCACCAUUUGUACUCAAUUUUAAUUGCCCCCAGCAAUCUGGGAAGGGUUCAGAAGGAGGAACUCAGAGCUUUGGCCUAGGGAUAUAGGAGGAAGAUGCUUCUGUGCUCGCUAGGGUAGACUGGAAAGAUAUGCAAGUGUCAAAUAUGCAAAAGAAAUAGCUACUCAAAGAGACCGUGUGCUACCGAAGAACAGCAUCAAAUCCAAUUUCUUUUUUUCUUUUCUUUCUUUUUUUUACCUGCAAAAAUGCAAGGGAAAGAACACCCUCAUUGAAAUGCCUCAUCCGGACUCCUGAAUGCCUCCUGCUACAGCGGGGAGAUCGCCUACUAUGAUAGAAAGUUCUUUUUGUUUCCUGUUAUAUUCAAGCUAAAAAAAAAAAAUGUUAAUAAAAAGCACUUUAUGUUUUUCAAAAAUAGUUCUACCAGGGACAGUGUCCACAUCUUGCACUUUAAACAAGCACUAUUUCCGGGGGCCACUUGCUGACCCUGUGGUUGGGUUGUGGCCACAUGCCCAUUCUGGCCACGGUGGGUACCACUGUCGGCCACACCAGAGUCUGUGGCUCCUUCCCUGCCCCUCUGGAGGCUCCUCCCCGCACCCCUCAGGGGGCAGGAGGGGCCAGGGCCUCCCCCAGACUCGAGUACAGGAGACGGGCGCACCUCAGAAGGUCGCAGCGACGGUUGGGCACCGGGUGUUCCACUCCGCUCUCUCUGUCCACCAGCCUUGGGUGUGUUUCAGUGUCUGUCCUGAAAGCUCAGCUGUCCCUCCUGCGGCCACCAUGCAGACGGUGCAGACACAAGCAAUAAGUCUCCGUGCGCAUCCUGAGCGCUCUGCUCUGUUUCUUGCUGUUGGUCCUCUGUCCUAGCUUGAUGACCUGGCGUUGUCCUGCCUGCUUUUAGUCCCAUGGCGUGGCAUUGUUGGCUGUCCCUCAGCGCAGUGACGUUGGGUUGGACCACUGUGGUGUCCGUCUGUCUGUCAGUAACGAUGCUGUGUUCCAGUCUGCCCGUCUGCAGCACACGAUAGUGCCAUGUGGUUCUCUUAAUGUGACGUUGGUGGGUGCUGUCCCAGGUCCAGUGGUGUGCUUCUGCCUGUCCUCGGUACAGUGCCAGACAUGUGUCUUCCUGGUGGCUCGCCUGUCCUUCACUGGCUGGUCUGCCCACUGUACAACGGCAUCACCUACCUGUCAGUACACAAGUAUCACAGGGUUGUCCUGCCUGCUCUCCACUCAAUGGCACGAGAUUGGCCACCUGUCACACAUAUGAUCAUGUAGGAUCAUUUCCCACUCAAAAAUACGUGUUCUCUGCUGUACAAGAACCAAUUCAGACCACUUCUCAGCAUCCCCAGGGACUGUGGAUCCUCCCGAAAGGGAACAGUCCUGUUAUCUGCUGAUUUAACAAGGAAAAAAAGAACUCAGUUCUUCCUAGGGGUCUUCAGAGCAUUCGCACAGCAAGCGCAUAGGUCCUGGGGCAGGACAGUGUGAGGCCACCUGGGGCAGGACAGUGUGAGGCCACCCUAUGUCGGUUGGCACAUUGGAGGCAGGAAAGAGCAGCGCUUCCGAAUCCUUCCUGGGUGUACCUCCGGGGCUGGGCCUGUUGAGGACGACUGGGGGACAGUCCUGGCCGGCAUCUUUGUGUCUCUCUCGUUUCCAUCACGUUUCUGUCCACCAUCAGCACAAAUGUGAAAAUUCAGGGAAAACAAUCAAAUGCUUUUUGAUAAAAGUAAAUAGUUGUGAUUUCUGAUUCAGAUAUUUUUAGAGCUGAUGCUAUCUAUAAAAAAAAAUCAGUACCACUAACAAUAAUAUAGUCUAUUUUACAUAUCAGGAGAGCAAACAUGUUUAAAUAUAGCCAUAUAUUGCAAGAGGGAACUCACCACCCCUUCUUUAAACCAAGGCAUUUCAUGUUGGUUGAAGCAGAUGAGGAGUGCACAGAUUGGAAAGACCCUUCCUUCCUUCCGUCCUUCCGUCCUUCCUCCCUCCCCCCCCCGCCUUUUUUUUAACUAAUAACCAAUUGGUGCAACUCUCCUUGUAACCAAAGGCCCUUUCUGUCUUGUGUCACGCUGGACCUGGCCCCUCCUCCCUCGUGUGUGUUGUCUGACCUUAAAGUAGCAUUUUAUUGAGUCACUUUUGAAGGACGAAUUCAGAAGUAUCAUUAAGAACCUACCUUUUCAGGCUGCAUAGCCAGAGUCCUAUAUAGAGUUCUUAUAGAAACAGAAUCACUGAAAUUCAGCAUAUACUAUGCUUAGAGAGUACUCCAUUGCAGUUUGGGUUCUCCCCUCCUUGACUCUGUGUGUGUUGUGGGAACACAGCUUCUACCCUGUGCUCAACUCAAAAUAGAGUAUCGUGACAUUCCCCAGCCUUCCCCACCCCCCUCUGCCAAACAAAGGACAUACCCAGAUUCUGCACAUGCAUACGCCGACCUGAACCAGUGUACCCGUGCGGCCACGCACUGGGAAAUCUACCCAAGGGUCCCCACUGGGAAGCGGAACUUGACGGACGGCCUUGGUAGUGAAGAGGAGAGCCGUGGUUUGGGGCAGCUGAAGAGGACUGGGGCCUGCCAUCGGUCGCCAUGUGUCGAUGAACCCAUCAGACACAGGAAGCAGGUGGACCCAAGCAGGCAAGACCGGCGGCUGGAGUUCAAUGAAACUCACCAUGAAUCCAACUGAGCUGAACUUCCACCAUCACCAGAAAGGGCUAGGGACCAGGCCACUGCAUGCUCUGGUCACACCGGGAGGGUCUGGCCACCUGGGGGAGAGGAGGGCCAGCCCCGGAGGAGCCGCUCAUUGGCCUUCUCCUCUUUGGGCAAAAGAGAAGAAGAGGUCUGUGGUGCCGUAGAUGUCUCAGUGCCUUCUUUAGGAAUUCUAUCUUAAGCACACUUUUAAGGGGAAAGAAAAAGGAGAGAGAACACUUGUUCCCGGGAGGCCCCUGUCUCUAGAAAGAUCGGGCACCAAGAGGGAAGAAGAAGAAGGAAGAGCAACAGAAUCCUGAGGAGCCCUGUCCUUCCGACCGCUCAGCCUGCCCCCACGGCGGCUGGUGACACAAACUCCUUCCUGCGGUUCCCCAGUGUCCUCCGUGUCUCGGGACCCACAGCCUCGUCUCUGCCUUCCUCCUGAUACGACCCGCUUUUCUAAGGGAAAACAAAACAGUGUUCUCUUCUGUAAAACCGAAAUGUGCUGUUGAUAUUUGUAACAUUGUAUAUUUCUGUCCUGCUCCGAGGUGACUGGGAUGUCUAGUCCAUGAACAAGCAGAUGUUUAAAAUUCACCACCGACGAGGGUCUCUGAAGCCAGAUCCCCAGACCCCCACCCGCUUCCUCCCUCAUUUCUCUGCCGACUAGACUCAAGCACCGUAACCCCAGGUUUUCCAGCCUCCAUCAAAGGUGGCCACAGCAAAAGUUCCUCGCCUUCGGGGAGUUUAAAAUGAUUGUUUUUUGUAACUUCAAACUUGGCAGAAGAAAGAAGGGGCAUUCCUGAAUCCCCAGAAGGACAAGAAAGCUCCCCACCCCAAGCGGGUGUUUCCUCACCUGCCACCGCUUAUGUGACUUUCAUGUCACCCAGCGGGAUGACCCAACCCAGCCCUGGCCACAUCCAGAAAUAAGAGUCAACCUCGGCGCACCUUCGUGGUUCUCCUGGCUCUAAAAGCAUCUGAUGUGUGACUAUGUCACAGAAUGACCACACAUCUCAGAGUAGUCUAUUUUUCUGUUCAGAUAAAAAAAUAUAUAUAUGUAUAUGUAUUUUUAGCAAAUUUAUAAUAGGGCAAUUGAGUCUAAUUUCUUCUUUUGCAAUACAGAGUGGUAUCUUAGGAGUCUCAUGGUUGGAUAUUAUCCUAGCUGAUAUUUUCUGAUCUUUUUCAUUUCCUCCCAGAGUCCUUUGGGCUUUUUUCUUUUCUUCCCGUGGAUGCUGAUUCUCUGGAGGUGGGAAGACUUGGGGUCUGACUUCCUGCCUGUAGGCCUUUCCGGGCACUAGGAAAUGUCUGUCUCUUACCUCAUUCCAUCUUUGUGUUUCUCCUACUCGUUGUUCUCUAGAACCCAGGGCUCAGAUGCAGGAGCGAGAGGAGGGGAGUCGGUAACAUUGACCCUCAAAGUCAGCCCUGAGCUGACUCAGGGCUGAGCUCCUACCCCCACCCUCCAGGAAUCUGAAAGGUCUGUUUUUUUCCUCCCCCCAAAUCUUGGAACCAAAAGCCUCAUGCAAGCAAACUCGUCCCUGGCUUCUCUGAGGUCCAGACCACUCCCAAGUCCAUCUCGGUCAGACUGCUCCCACGACCAGUGUCCAGCUCCCGGUACCACCAACCAGACCUGAAGACCAGAGCGUGUUCAGGUUUCUCUGAACCACAGAAAACCAUGCUGGGCCCCAGAUCUCCUCCACUUUGCAUCAGCCCCUCAUUUCAAUCCACUUCUAACUGAGAAACAGUGGUCACACACCCUUGCAGCCAAGAGACAAGAAGAGAUGGCCCCCAAAUCUGCUCUUUCCUCUCCCCUGGCCUUUCCACCUGCCUGGCUGGAUUAGUCUCAAGGGCAGCAGUACUUUUCCAGCUUCUGCCUGUCCGAGCCUGAAGAGGCUUUGCACUGUCCUGAUAACUAGUUCCACGAGGCAGUUUUUACCAUGGGUGGGCAGAGGACAGCUCACUGAGCAGGACCUUCAGCAGAAGGUGAUUCUCUGCCCACGGGCUCAUGCAGGACCAUGAAGAAGGCCCUCUGAUCAUUCAGGCUUUAGUGUCCCACCUGCCUUCCUGUCUCUGGGCUCUGCCCAGAAUAGAGAUCUGAGCCAAACCAAGACCCCCAGAUAGCAGUGACCCAGCCCCUAGCAUGGAUCCCCAGAGGAAGCCAACACAAAUAGGAAUUUGUGCCUCUGGUUUAUGCUCCUAUUUGGAAUCCCCCCCGCCCCACAAAAUCCCUGGCAAUCUGGAAUAAAUACAAAUAAGAUAAAAUAAAGCUGACAAGAUUUUUUUAACUUUUGCCUCAGAACAACAAAAUUACCUCUCAGUCGUUUCCUGGGUUCGGUACCCAGAUAGGCAAACCCCCUGGCCCUGGCCGUCUUCACUGGGAAAGAGGGUGCUGUCUGUGUUUCUGUCCACCAUCCCCGAUGUGCUCUGAGCUUGGAAUUUCUCCUGAACUUUCCAAAAUGGCAUCUUGGAGAACUGAAAUGGAAAAGGGCUCUGUUAAUUGAGAGAACCCUCCUCUUCACCCGGGAGCCUAACUCUCUUCUUGCCUGCCACGUUCCUGAAAAGAUCCCCAAAGGCUGGCCGGGGGGUUGGAGGUGGGACAUUGACCGGAAGAAGAGACCACCCAGCUGCCAGAUGGCUGCAUGCGGGACUCCGACGGGUUCUCUUGCAUGAGAGGGACAGGGCAGUCAGUUCCAGCUCAAAUUAAGGAAGCCCUUCUGCUAGGCCGGUUGUCUGCUCAGACCCCAAGGCCACCCUGGUCAUGAGCCCCCUGCCCUGCAGGUGUUUAUAGGGAGGCAAGAUGGGACGUGAACUGGGUGACACACAGGGGCCCUGGCAUUGCGUGGGAAUCAGACUGAGCGAUCAAGGCUAUUUUGUUUCUCGGUGUGUGUGUGUGUGUGUGUGUGUGCACGCGCGCACGCAGGUGACUUGGAUAUUCUGGGCACAGGCUUUCCGUGGAGGCGCAGGGCAUGGAACACAGGGAGGACGAACUCAGUUUCUAGAACUUGGAGCCAUCAUAGAGGGUGCCCAAGAAGGAAGGGGACUCUGUUCCCUGCCUGUUCCCGGUCUCCGGCAAUUUUAAUGACCAUGUCAGUCACCCGUCCAGCCCAUCCCCAGUGGCCUAACAGGAGCCACCCUGGGAAGGGAUUCACACGACCCUCUCUGAUGCCAGCCGCAGAGCCGUCUGUGAAGUCCUCCUCUCAGGCUGGCUGUCUCAUGGUGCUUCUGCCCUGUGCCCAGUGAUCUCUCUCCCACCCACCAACCAGCCACCCACUGCCCAGGCAAUAACAACGGCACCCAAAAGGGCUUUUAUUUUCUGGCAAGUACAAUAGGAGAUCCCUCCCUUUCCAGACCUGGGAAAUCUCUCCCCGUGAAGUAAACCCAGCAAGGCGAACCGGAGACAGGCGACCCAGAUCCCGUUUUAACAGCAAAAGGAUGUCAGCUGCCGCCAAGCAGAGGGCCUCUCCCACAUCCCUUCCCAAAUGGGCCUUCCCCAAACAGAACAUAGGAGGGCAGUCCAGAAAGACCCGCCCUCGUUGUGUGGGGUGGGCUUGGGGAGGUGGGACUUCAUCUGCAGGUAAGCCCGGCUCCAGGUGGCACUGGGGUUUUUAUAAGGUGAGGCCGGCGCUGGGGGUCCGGCUCUGCGGGAGAGCACUUGCCUAGCACACAGGAGGCCCUAGGUUCCCUCCCCUGCACUCGCAUUUAAAGAAAAAGAAAAGAAAGAAAGAAAAGAUAAUAAGGAGAAGUGGCUGAUGUGUGUGGCUGGGCCCACUGCAGCUGCCUUCUCCCAAACUAAAUCAAACAAAAGCCAGCCUCCAGGAUCUUACCCUGGAGGAUAAGGUGAGAGCCUCUGCCCUGCAGAAACUGCUCGAGGCUGCAGUACCUGACCAGUUCAGGAAAUGCAGGAAACCCCCUGCUGUGUUCCUCUUGGACUCCCAGGGCUUGGCAGGGACCACCCCACACUGGCUGCCUCCUGGGCGAAGCUGGAUUAGAGAGAAGCAGCACAGGAGAAGGGGUCCGGGUCCCCUACAGCGUGGCUCUUGGCCCCUAGGUUUAGGGCCUUCUGAGACCCUGAAUGAGCUUGGUAUCCAAGAGCAGGGUGAGCCUGGGUGCGUGUGCAGGUAGCUGGCCCCUUGGCUCUCCAGACCUUUCUUGACCUCAGUCCAAGGUCAAGGGCGGGGAUCCCCAUUUUCUGUUCCAGGAUCUCAGGGUUGUGUGCCAGCAUGUGCCCUUGGCAUACAGUGGCCAUCCAGCCUGUUUUUGGAGAGUGAAUGUGUGAAGGAUGGGCCUGGGUGGAUGACUGGCAGGUGGGCGAGGGCAGGGGGAGGGUGUUACCUGGCUGGAUGCUGCCAACCGAGGGAAGGAGACUCAGGAGCCCCCCUCGCUGAAGCCCAUAACACCCCACCAAUGCCACCUGUUCUUCGCCUCCAUCUGGGCUCACAAUGACAUCCAAAUUUGACAGUUGUAGUCCCCAAGCCGAUUAGGGCCACAGUCCUUUAGAGCCUCCCUCCCCCGAGAGCCCAGGAGGUGGCUCAACCUCCUUCCUGUCUUCCCGCCCUGCAGUUUCCAGCCUCUGGUUUAGUGGAGCUGUCGCUCGUCUCUGGGGAGACCAUGGUUUUCCCGCUAAACCAAGGGUCCAGUGUGGGCUUUCCCUUGGUCCGGGGCUUGCGGGUAGGAACAGAGGGGCCACCACCUGGAACUGUAUUGCACUGCUGAGCCGCGGAGGCUGCCUGUCCUCCAGCUUCAGAGCCCAUGGUCUCCUCUUUCCUGAGCCUCAAAGCCCCCCAUGACAGCAUGUGCCCCCAAUCCAACAGCUGAGACCCUGUGUCCCUCCAGAAACCGUGGUGUGAGGUUGGGGUUUUCCUUCCUGCAAAGCCAUCUGAUUGCCCCGCCCUUGAUGGGGCCAAGCCAAUCACACAGCCAUAAACAACCAACGUCCUCAGCCCCUCUCUCUGGGGUCGAGCCUGUGGGUCUGUUCAUCUCUCAUCAGUUUAUGUCUAGUCCUUCCUGUCACGGGGACGGUGAGCACGGGCCCCCGUGCCUGUGUGCUCCCUCCCCCUCCUCCCUCCCUCUCUCUCUCUCUCUCUCUCUUACACACACACAGAAACCAAACAACGGAAAUCCCAGUGUCUUUUUAUGCAUGUGGUGAGAUGAAAUUGUGAUCCUUGUGUGACCUCCAGCUGCUGCCCUGUCUUGUAAAAUAUGUCCAGAUGUUUAAGAAUUUCCAAGCAAAUGGUCCCUUAACCAAGUCUGCCGAGUUCAAUAAAAGGUAUGGAGAAAACAAA